AUGCCAGCCCGAAAGGGGCUGCUUGCGCCCCAAAAUACCUUUCUGGAUACGAUCGCAACCCGCUUCGAUGGCACACAUUCGAAUUUUGUGCUCGGCAAUGCGCAGGCAAAUGGCAAUCCAAUUGUUUAUUGUUCGGAUGGCUUCGUGGACUUGACAGGUUAUUCACGAGCUCAAAUAAUGCAAAAGGGAUGCUCGUGUCAUUUCCUGUACGGUCCGGAAACAAAGGACGAGCAUAAACAGCAAAUUGAGAAAAGUCUGAUGAAUAAGACCGAGCUAAAAUUGGAAGUUAUUUUUUACAAAAAAGAUGGUUCACCGUUCUGGUGUCUCUUUGAUAUUGUGCCAAUUAAGAAUGAGAAGCGGGAUGUGGUGCUAUUUUUGGCAUCACACAAGGAUAUCACACACACAAAAAUGUUGGAGAUGAAUGUGAAUGAAGAAUGUGAUAGCGCUGCUUUGCUGGGUGCGCGUUUUCGCGCUGGUUCCAAUGCUGGAAUGCUUGGCUUGGGCGCCUUACCCGGCCUUGGUGGCCCACCGGCAUCGGAUGCGGAUGGCGAUGGCAUGGAGGGCAAUAAUUUGGAUGUACCUGCUGGCUGUAAUAUGGGACGACGACGUAGUCGUGCAGUGCUCUAUCAAUUAUCCGGUCACUAUAAGCCCGAAAAGGUGAAGACGAAAUUGAAAUUAGGAAAUAAUUUACUGCAUUCAACAGAGGCGCCUUUUCCCGAAUACAAAACACAAUCAUUAAAAAAGUCACGCUUCAUUUUGCCGCAUUACGGUGUUUUCAAGGGCUUCUGGGAUUGGAUUAUAUUAGUGUCGACGUUUUACGUGGCCGUUUUAGUGCCGUACAAUGCGGCAUUUGCGAAGGCGGAUCGUCAAACAAUGGUAUCGGAUGUCAUUGUCGAAGCGCUUUUCAUAGCAGACAUUUUAUUGAAUUUUCGUACAACAUUUGUCUCGAGCAAAGGUGAAGUUGUCUCCGAUUCGAAAUUGAUUGCUAUUAACUAUUUGCGCGGUUGGUUUGUGGUGGAUUUACUGGCAGCGCUGCCAUUCGAUCAUCUUUACGCAUCAGACCUGUACAAUGGAGAGGAAUCACACAUUCAUUUGGUGAAAUUGACACGCUUGUUGCGCUUGGCACGAUUGCUGCAAAAAAUGGAUCGAUACUCACAAUACACCGCCAUGAUAUUGACACUUCUGAUGCUCUGCUUCUCCCUGGUGGCGCACUGGUUGGCCUGUAUUUGGUAUGUCAUUGCCGAAAAGGAGUAUAUGAUGAAUGAUAGCGGCUGGGAUAUAGGUGAGUGGCUUGGUGAAUCUUCUUGCCUUUUCCUUUCAGGUUGGAUGCACGCGUUGUCUGAGCGCUUGAAAAUACCCAUCACUAACAUAACGAAUGCCGAAGCCUAUUCGACGGCGCUCUACUUCACCUUCACCAGCCUAACAUCUGUGGGGUUUGGCAAUGUGUCAGCGAACACAACCGCAGAAAAGGUCUUCUCCAUCAUUAUGAUGCUAAUUGGCGCAUUAAUGCACGCCGUGGUGUUCGGUAAUGUGACGGCGAUAAUUCAACGCAUGUAUUCACGUCGUUCGUUGUACGAAAGCAAAUGGCGUGACUUAAAGGAUUUCAUAGCGCUGCAUCAGAUGCCCAAAGAACUGAAACAAAGGAUUGAAGAUUACUUCCAGACAUCGUGGUCACUCAACCAUGGCAUUGAUAUUUAUGAGACGCUACGCGAAUUUCCUGAGGAGCUGCGCGGCGACGUGUCCAUGCAUUUACAUCGUGAGAUUCUACAAUUGCCUAUAUUCGAGGCAGCGUCACAGGGCUGCUUGAAGCUACUUUCAUUACACAUAAAAACCAAUUUCUGUGCACCUGGCGAAUUUUUAAUCCAUAAAGGUGAUGCUCUGAAUUACAUUUACUAUCUUUGUAAUGGUUCGAUGGAGGUCAUUAAGGAUGAUAUGGUUGUGGCCAUUUUGGGCAAAGGCGAUUUAGUUGGAUCUGACAUUAAUGUUCAUUUAGUUGCCACAUCCAAUGGCCAAAUGACGGCGACCACCAACAGUGCUGGUCAGGAUGUGGUGGUGCGGAGUAGCAGCGAUGUGAAGGCACUGACCUAUUGUGAUCUCAAAUGCGUCCACAUGGGGGGCCUGGUCGAAGUGUUACGCCUCUAUCCUGAAUAUCAACAGCAAUUCGCCAAUGACAUCCAACAUGAUCUUACCUUCAAUUUGCGCGAAGGCUACGAGUGUCAAGAUUCCGAAAUUGGUCCAUCCUUUCCCUUGCCAAGCAUCAGUGAGGACGAUGAGAAUCAACAGGAUGGCGACGGCGGUGAUGAAGAUAAUGAAAAUGGUGCCGCUUCAGCGGCAACAGCCUCACCGCAUCACAGCAUUACCACACCAUCGCCAUUGCAUGGCCGCUCGCCAUUACUGGGCAUGAACAGUCCACGCCUGAUGAAACUACAUCCACGCGGUCGCUCAUUGAUCACCCUGCGUGAACGUGUGGAUCGACAGCGUUCAAUAAAUAUAACAUCUAGUUUGGAUGCUGGGUCGAUAGACGAAGAUAUGAAUGCAGAGGAGGGUGAUGAAGAUGUGCGUAGCAUAAAAAAGAAACCCUCGAUGGAGCGUCUAGACUCACAGGUAUCGACGCUGCAUAACGAUGUGGCACAGUUGAGUAUGGAAGUGCGCAACGCCAUACAGGCGCUACAGGAGAUGACCUUCUCGACAAUGGCCUCACAGGCGAGUCUGAAAUUUCCACCUGCGCGUUCUAUACCCAAUAUCUGCGGCACUGGUGGUGCUGCCGUGGGUGUGGGCAGCACAAUGCACUUUGUGGCAAGUAGUAGUGAUGAUAUUUCACUACAACGUUGCUCAUCGCAUCCGCCUGAGAUAUGGGGACGUGAAAUGCACUUGACUUUAGGUGGCACAGCGGGUACAAAUUCUCCAGCAGCGGCACCUGAGAUACCGAAAGCUUCGCGCGCUACUCAAACCGAUUUUUACAAAAUAGAUUUUCCCGUAUUCGAGCGCUUUGUGUUGGCCAAUCCGCGACUAGUGCUCGGCUUGUUGGGUAUUGAUCCUGCAAUAAAGACUGAAAUCGAGAUGCUACAACAACAGCAAACGCUGAAGGUAUCGCCCCUGAACACCAUCGAGGAGUUGAUAUCGCCCGCCGAAGGCCCCAACUCCAUUACUGGCUCCAAGGAACACUUGUUGGACGACACCGGUAACUGUGAAGGUAAAUCGUAUGCGUCAAUGGAUGACGAGAACUGCAAUGACUACCGGUGGACCAUGAAGCAUUCCGUGAGUAAAAGUAGCAGCUGUUGUCGCUCCACCGACGCAUUGCUACAACCGAUUGAUGAGCAACGUGAAGUGCCACAGCAAACAACAAUGCAUCACAGUCCACAGUCGCCACCAUCUCGAUACGAGCAUUAUACAUCCGCAACAACAACCGCGACGACAAUCAUUACAGCAGCAGCACCAGCAGCGGCGACGACCAACGAGCAAAUGACAAAUAUUUAUUUGGCUAGCGAGGCAGAACGACCAACAGCUGCGGCAAUAAUGCAGCAACAACAGCAACAGUCAUCGCAUCGUUCGGCGCGGCGAAACUCCAAUCACAACAACUCCAACUACAGCAGUCAGCACCAUAGCAACAGCAACAGUAGUCUCUCCAGCAAUGCGUCCACACACUCGAACAGUAGCAACAGCCCGCCGGCAGUCGCGCCUGCUAACAUUAUUGGACACAAUGGCCCAGUUAGUGGGGCAGGAGGAGGAGGGGGAGGCGGUAGCGGUGGUGGUAGUAAUAGCAAUGCGCCAAGUAACAACAGCAGUCGGCGCUCCUCUUGGAAACUACACCGCUCGCACAGCGGCGAUUAUAAACGGCUUCCUGAGGCAUUGGAAGAUUCGCCACCUGGUAAAAUUAUUACCGCUGCAACAGCAACCACUACCACAUCUGUGACGCACUACGCAUACAGUGGCGGCGGUGCUGCGGAUGAACAUCUCGAACUUUUAGCUAGUAGGCGCUCGUCACGUGCCAGCUGCGCAUCGAUACUUGGUGCGGCGACGGAAGCGUCAGUGGUAAAUAAACGGAAUAGUUUAAAUGCGAAUCGCUCCUUGCUGAGUGUAAAUGCAAGUAUAGGCGGAGCAAAUAGUGGCCACCAUCAUACGAGUUAUCGCUUCUCCGCUGGUGAUGCUGAUAAAUUGGAGAAAGGUUUGAAAGGAUUGCCCUCGACGCGAUCUCUGAGGGAUGCGAGUGUUAAUUAAGAAAAAGAAAGAGAACAAUUUAGGGUGGGUUGGAAUAAGGCGGCAUAUAGACACGUUCAAAAUACAAGGGACGUU